AGCAGGACAGGUGUGAGUCCAGCCCCUGUCUGAACGGCGGGGUGUGUCGCGGCUACAGGCGGAGCCACCCGUGUCUCUGUAAAGAAGGCUUCUUCGGAGACCGCUGCCAGUCGUUGGAGAAUCCCUGUGUACUGCAGCCGUGUGGGAACAGAGGCCUCUGCCACAGUAACAGGAGAGGGAACUACAGCUGUGCUUGCAGAGUGGGACACACAGGCAAGGACUGUGAGAGAGACCUGUUGCCUCCCUCUGGUUUGCAUGUAUUAUGGGUAGAGGAGGAUGAGGUGGAGCUACGCUGGGACCUUCCGGAUCCUUCCUCUCAGAGCCUGUUCAGUGGCUUCGCUGUGACCUACGCCCCUCUGGGUCUCCCGGGCCGUGGCAGCGGGACCAGGAAGACGGACUUCCUGGACAAGAAGCAGUCCACCUAUCAGCUGCAGGGCCUGGAGCCUGGCCUGCUAUACAACAUCUCUACCUUCUCGGUGAAACGAAACACCAACAGCGACGACAUCAGCCAGCCAGCCAUCGCUCUCAUACGCACACGGCCGCGGCGGGUGGAUCAGCUGCAGGUUGUCAACGUGUCUUCCUCCCAGGUUUGGCUGCGGUGGCUGGUGCAGGCUGCUCGUCACGCAGCUGUCAGCCAAGUGCGCCUCUCCCUGGUCUCCUCGGACGGCAGUGGCGCUCGCACCGCCCUGGUCAACGCCAGUACCAUGGAGUACGCAUUCAGGUAUGGAACCCAGGACUCCCGUGGGAAAAACAGCUGGACGUAAAUUAAUCAAAUGAGGUCAGGCUUUCCUCUACCACUAUCAGUAUGUCCAGACUGCAAUGCCGAUUUUGACCACUUGGUGGCAGUGUAUACCUGCUGUCAGAGAUGCAUUGCAUUACCGAUUUCCUCCAGCCAUGUCUUUAGU